GCAUUGCACCAGAAAACAAUUUUGGAAAAAGAAAGAAGAAGAAGAAAAAAAAGUCUCUUUCUUUGAAAUCUAGAAGACGCGCAGAUUUCCUACAAGUGGGUUACUUCCUCCAUUCCUCUCUGCCCUUCCCCGUCUCUCUUGUCUCUCCGUAUUUCCAUUCGGGUUUCCUUUUAAUUAUUUAUUGUCUCAAGAAACGGAGGAGGAGAAUGGCGACGGAGAGAGCUUUUUGAUCUGAAAUUUGGCAGGCGUUACAGCACAGGAACAGAGAGCGGCGGCUGUAAGGCAGGGGGCGGCGAAGUUAUGGGCGGGUGUGUGUCGACUCCGAGAGCGUGCGUUGGCGGCGGCGGCGGCAGUGACAGAUUGAGUUGUUCGAAGAAGACUAGGAAGAGGAAGAAAAUUGGGAAGCAGAGGAAGAAGCACCCGUCGUCAUCGUCCAGAUUGUCGGAUGGCUCGUCGCCGCUUCCUUCAUCUGUUACUGCUGCAACUGCUGCUGUUUCAUCCGAUCAUAUCCCUUCUUUCCAAGGUGGAAGCAUCGAGGAGGCAUGGUUUGACACAAUUGCAGCAUUGGAGUCAGAUUGUGAUGAGGAUUUCCAGAGCAUUUCAGAUGGUGUUCUAUCUCAAACUGGGUCCGAGUUCGGCCGACUUUCGAGUGUGACAUUUGGUAGAGAUGCAGGCCAUGGUACUGCGGAGCAUAAGGGUGGAGAUUCGUCGGGGAAUGAGGUGAAGCAACCGGUGUUUCUCGACGAGGUCUCUGUGGAUGAAAGUCAUGCUGGUAAUCAUAGUAAAGGGGAAGGACUGUUAGAUAACUGUGGCAUCCUGCCUGGAAACUGUUUGCCUUGCCUUGCUUCCACGGUGUCACCGGUCGAGAAGAGAAGAUCGUUGAGCUCUAGCCCGCCGAGUGCCAGGAAAAAGUCUGCAGUGAGAAUGUCAUUCAAAUGGAAGGAAGGGCAUCCCAGUAACCCCUUAUUUGCUUCAAAGAUGAUUCUGCAAAGGCCAAUAGCUGGAUCACAAGUGCCCUUCUGUCCCAUUGAUAAGAAGAUGCCUGAUAGUUGGUCGCAUAUCGAUCCGGGCAGUUUCAAAGUUCGUGCACCAAAUUACUUCAGAGACAAGAAGAAGGAACUCGCCGCCAAUCAUGCUGCAUACUAUCCAGUUGGAGUUGAUGUCUUCUUGUCUCCUCGAAAGGUUGAUCACAUAGCUCAGUUUGUGGAACUUCCUGUAAUUAACACCUCAGCAAAGCUCCCAUCCAUUCUUGUUGUAAAUGUUCAGAUCCCAUUAUAUCCAGCCGCAAUUUUUCAAGGCGAGACUGAUGGUGAAGGAAUGAGCAUUGUGUUGUACUUUAAGCUUUCUGAAAGUUACUUGAAGGAACUCCCAACCCAUUUUCAGGACAGUAUCAGACGGUUGAUUGAUGAUGAGGUUGAGAAAGUGAGGGGGUUUCCUGUAGAUACAAUUGUGCCCUUUCGAGAGAGGUUGAAGAUCUUGGGGCGCGUUGUGAAUGUAGAGGAUCUGCAUUUGAGUGCACCAGAGAGGAAACUUAUGCAGGCUUACAACGAAAAGCCGGUCUUGUCGCGUCCUCAACAUGAGUUCUAUUCUGGCGAAAAUUAUUUGGAGAUUGACAUAGAUAUGCAUAGAUUCAGUUACAUAUCUAGGAAAGGCUUCGAAGCAUUCCUAGACCGACUCAAGAUCUGCGUCCUGGAUGUUGGACUAACGAUUCAGGUAGCGAGACAUUGAUUUAAAAUGUAAUAUCUUAUAGUUUUUUUCUUCCAUGCACCCCCCCUUAUGGAAUCUGGGAUUUGAUUGCUGCUUCAUACAUUUUUUCCUUUGCUUUUGAACAGGGGAACAAGGCUGAAGAGCUGCCAGAGCAGAUCUUAUGUUGUAUAAGGUUAAAUGGGGUUGACUAUAUGAACUAUCAUCAAUUAGGAAUCAAUCAAGAUUCCCUUGACUUUGUAAGUGCUUAGAAGAAGAACUGUAAGAAUUUUUCACCAUAUUUAAUGGAAUAAAAAAGGGCUCCAAUUCUUUCAGAGAAAAUUCUCCAAUUGUUCACUUCCAUGUUCUGUGCAUAGAGCAUAUUUCUGCUGUGGCGAGGUGGGAGAGUUAAUGGGACGCUAAUCGAGUAUCAUAUGAAGAAUGUAAUUGUUCUAUUUAUAAUAUGGAUCGUAAACCUCUCCCAACCCAUAUCUCUAAACUGCUGAACAAAUUACAAAAGAAAGAAAAUUCAACGAGAAAAUCUUUCGAAGCAAGUAAGCUAAGUAAAAGCUUAUGAACUUCUGAAGAAAGCAAAAUUCCCUUGUAAUCAAGAGUUAGUACAGGGAUCCAGAGGCUUCCCACAUAAGCCUGCAUUCCUAGAAUAGCUGCUUCUGGGGAAUUGGCUUAGAGGCUUACCAUCAGGAAUUUUUCCAACUAGAAGAUUAUCUGACAAAUCAAGUUCAUCUAGGCUCUUCAGGUUCAGAAACCCACCUGGUAUUUUCCCAGUAAACUUGUUUCUCUGCAAUUUUAGCUUCUCUAAUGAGAUGACAUUUCCUAGCGAUUCUGGCAACUCAUAAGAGAGAUUAUUAUGGCUCAAGUCCAAGACCUGCAGCGACAUCAGUCUCCCUACGCUGUUUGGCAAGCUUCUUUCGAGAUAAUUCCUCGAGAGAUUGAGAUGGUUCACUGAAGCUUGUGAUCCUAACCCAAGGCUUUCAAUUCCACCUGUGAACUGGUUAUCAGAAAGAUCAAUAUGCUUCAAAGUACCAUCUUCGAGGAAGCUGCUUCCUAUCUCGAAAACUUUCUCCACAGAGCCUGUCAUCAGGUUGGAGUGAAGAUCCAGCACUCCGAGAGAUUGCAAGUUUAUAACUGUAUCUGGGAUGUUUGAAGCAAUCGAGUUCCUUGAAAGAUUCAGCGAGUAGAGACUAGUCAGUUUCCCCAACCAUCCUGGUAAAAUGCCAGUAAGGUUGUUAGCUGACAAGUCCAGUUCCUGGAUAGGACUUGGAGUUGAAUACAAGAACUGUGGAAUUUCCCCCUGGAUUCCACAACCAGCAAGAAGUAUCCUGGAAAGAGACGGCAUUUGUGCAAUCCAUCUUGGGAAUGAGGUCAGGUUCAACCGGUUGAAUGACAGAUCUAAUGUCUGAAGGUUGUGCAAGGAGGACAUGCAUUCUUGAGGCAAUUGUCCUUUGAUCUUAUUGUGAGAGAUGUUCAACAUAAUGAGCCUGGAGAGUUGGCCUAAUGAACAUGGUAAUUUACCAGAUAAUCGAUUGCUGCCGAGGUAUAACUCUGAUAGAGCUGAAAGAUUCCCUAAACUUGAAGGAAUUGGUCCAUGGAGUUUGUUGUUGUCAAGAGCAGCUCUCUGGAGCGAAACCAAGCAUCCAAAGUUUGGAGGUAAUCUUCCUGUUAGGUUGUUGUUGCUCAGCCUGAGAAAUCCCAAGGAAGACAUUUGCCCCCCACAGCUUGAAGGAAAUGGGAUCUCUCCCUGGAGAUAAUUUGUAUCCAGAUACAACACGGAAAUGGACCUCAGGUCUGUGAUGGAAACUGGGAUUUCUCCAGUCAAGUGAUUGUUUGAAAGAUCCAGCAGUUUCAACCCUUGCAAUUCGCCAAUCUUGCCUGGUAUCUUCCCACUUAGAGAAUUCCCGUGGAGAUCCAAAUCCACCAGGUUCCUCAACUUGGUAAUUGAAUCAGGAACCGGACCGAAGAAUUCAUUGGAAUACAGCAACAGCUGGUUAAGACUUUCCAGAUUGCCAAUGCUUGGAGGGAGAGAUCCAGAGAGGCUAUUCUCAUGCAAUUGAAGUUCUUGGAGUUUUGAGAGCUUACCUAUGCUAUCAGGCAACGACCCAGUGAGCCUGUUGCCAAAAAGAUAGAUUUUUUGGAGAUCCGGGAGGCGAAAGCCAAUCGAUGGCGGGAUCAUACCUCCAAUGCUAAUGAGGCCACCAAGAUCAAGAACUUGGAGGGAAGAAAUGGACGUGAUGGAAGGAGACAGGAAGCCAUUCAUCUCAGACUGGAAGAUGGAAUCUUCUGUGGUGAUGAGACCCGGGAGACGGAUUUCAGUCACCCUGCCAGUGGCAUUGCUGCAGACAAUGCCUUCCCAGCUGCAGCAGCCAUUGCCAGACCACUUGGAGAGGCGGCCAGAUGUGUCGACCUUGAUUCCCGCCUUGAAAUCAGCCAGGCUUCUGAGAUCGACCGGGUUGCAGGCUUCCUGAUCAGCAGCCUGGUUUCUUGCUUCUGGUUGGUUCUUUGUAGCUUGAGAGGUUGAUGCUGCAUCAAUCUACCAUCCUUGUUGUUGAUCUCCUGGAGUGAACUCAUAAAGAACUUAAUAUGACCCUCAUUCUCUUUUCUUGUUUUUGUUUGGUUUUGGGGCUGAGUGCCAACUGCAUGCAUUGAUGGCAGUAUCCACAUGUUACUCUGCAGAGCUUUUGCCAGCCCAAAGCCAAAGGGGAAUAAUAUACAAGAUAACUUCUUCCCAUGUUUGUGGCAAUUACAAGGUUCAUCUUGUUCUCUUGUUGCUUUCCAACUCCCUUAUUUUGUAAUUCCGAUCCAUUUUAUUGUUUCUUUCUGUGUCCUUUUCCUGAACAUUGAAAGUUACUAUCAACCAACUCUUUUGGAAAUUCAACAAGGAUUCCACAGUUUGAGUGUUUUUUUGUUACUCCUCUCAAACAAAACAAACAAAGAAGCCAAAUGUUUCAAUACUUUCAUACCCCCAAAAUGGCCUUGUUUGGAGAAUGGCUCCCAACUAUCCAACUCACCACACUGAAAGUCUUUUUCUUUCAUUCAGCACAAGAAAGAAAAAAAAAGCAAGUUCUACCACUUGAGGUCUUUUGGUUAGAACAAAAAUGAGAGAAUCAGAACUGGUUUCCAUGUACUAAACAGCAAGGAACAGCAGCUCCUAUAUAGAACUGGCAUCAUGCUU